GUACUUGACUGCUUGGCGAUACCAUAGUGUCCACUCGUUGCACAGGUAGCUGGAAAUUUUUACAUUUCAAGAUGGGUAAUGUCUACAAGCUUUGGUUUGGUCUUGUUGUACUUCGCUUCAUUUGGUGUAUCUGGCCUCAAAAGAGCUAUGUGGAUCCUGCUGAAUUCUUUGAGGGAACAGACAAACUUGCUGCUCAUAUAUUUGGGUUUCCAAGCACAUCAGCUCCUGGAUAUGAUACUCCAAAACCGCAGACAACCAUUUUCUUUCCCUACAUCACUGCUGGCUUUGGCUUCCACGUCCUCCGGAAAUUGGGUGAAAUAGGACUUGUCACUGUUAAUGAGCGAACUCUUCUCAUUGCCCCACGCCUGACGAUCACCGCAGUUUCCUUGCUCUGCGAUUCCUGCGUUUACAACAUAGCCACGAUCUUAGGACAAGAUGCAGGAGCCUGUAUGGUCAUCUUCGCCAGUUCCUUUGUGACUUUAGUCUUCAUGACCCGUAACAUGACCCAUGUCAUCAGUGCCUGCACCUUUGCUCUAUUGCUUCUCUUGGUAGUGGACUCUCGUAAGAGUCAGCUGGUUCCAAAGACGUCAUCCAAAGAUGAGAAAGGGAAGAAGAAGAAGAUGGUAAAGAGUGAUCCUAACCAUGGUUUUUGGUUGGGCGUUUUCGUCUUGGAGGGCGUCUUCAACCAUCCAUCCUUCUUCAUCUAUUACCUGAUUCCUAUGGCCUUCUGGCUUACUGGAUCUGCUUCCCAGUUAAGCUCCGGAGCUCUCAGAACAGUCUUACACAACCUUGCAUCCUUGCUACCUGGUAUCAUCACAAUGGGUACCUUCCUUCUUAUCCUCGAUUCCACUUUCUAUGGAACCCUUGAUGCGGAGAUCUUCCUCGACCCUCAUAAGCUCCUUGAGAAUCUUAACUCCGGGUUGCUACAGAACUUGACAGUCGCGCCCCUGAACUUCCUGCAGUACAACUUCCUGGAUGCUCCUCUUGAAAUCAGACCUAAACUUGCCCAUCUCCUGUUCAAUCUCCCACUGCUCUUCUUCCCUCUUGUCAUCUGUUUCAUUUCAGAGAUCUUCCUGGUGUACAGCGGAACAGAUACCAAGGGUAGGAAGACAUUUUCUACAUCCACAAGCCGUGCAUUCUUUGCACUAGUCUUCACCACCCCACUUCUGGUCUUCUCUCUCUUGCCAGACCAAGAUCCUAAACUCCUGCUACCCCUGAUCAUCCCUCUGGUGCUCCUCUAUGCAGAGUAUGUGGUCUACCCUACGACAGGUAUGCCUAAUGCUCCAUGGAUCGUCUGGAAUGUUUUAUUUGGAUUGAUAUUUGGAGUUGUGUUGCAGGGUGGGAUGGUUCCAGCCCUCAAAGACAUUAAAACGACAGUCACGGCACCUGUCGUUGAUAAACCCAUAUUGUACCACUAUGUUUUCUAUCAUACCCCUACCCCACCUGAAUACCUGCUAGCAUUACCACCCCAAGGUGUAAGAUCACAUCACCCAUCCCACCAGUUCCUAAUCCAUGACCUCGGUACAAUGGACCGCUAUGAUAUGCAUCAGAUGAUCGGCUCUCUCUUGAGGGAUGACAAGUCAGCAGGAGAGUCGCCAUCAUUCAAAAAGGAGAUCUACGUUGUAGCACCCGCAUCUAUAGACGCCCUCUUCUGUCGAAUCAAUGUCAAGUUCACAUACAAACUUGUGAAGAGUUUCUCUCCCCACCUUGACCUUAAUGAACCUCCGUACCUAUUUCCAAACUAUGUAUGCAACGCGGAGAAGGAUCGUAGUUAUUUUCGCAUGGGCAUUCGGGAUCGUAUUCCGGCGCUGUUCUCGUUGAAUAUGUAUAAGGUAGAGAUCGUUCGUCAUUUUGGAACUGAGGAUGUAGUGAAGUAUAAAGAUAAGCAGAAACAAAAAUCCAAAGGAAAGAAUCCUAACCAGUAGCUUAAAAGGAUUUGUUGUGGUAUAGCCCUUCUCUCAUUCAUCCCUUACUGCAUGCUCAUCCACCUAUGCAUGUGACUUUCUGUUUUCAUGUGUUUUUUUUUCUAAGGGACCAUUUGUCUUUCAUGUUUUAAGUGAAGUUUACAAUUUUUGAUGCAUGAGAAAUCUCAGGGGUAGCACCUUUUUCAUAGUUUUUCUGGGCUCCGUAACACAAAGAUUAGCGAUGAAUUGCAAAUAUGAAAGAACCGCACUGAUUGGUCCCUGGUCAGUAUUUUAAACCUAAUGCGCGUGUAACAUUGAUAUUGAUUGAUAAGUUCAUUUAGCGAUUGAUCGCUAAUCUUUGUGUUACGGAGCCCAGGAGGGUCUAAAGGGCAUCAAUUUCAUUGCCAACCCCAUUUUGGAGGAUAUCUGGAGCUAAAAAAAAUAUAUCAUUGUCAUCAGAGCUAAUUUGGAGGGGCUAUAAAAUAAUUGUUUUGGGGAUUGUAUGUCUGGUUUAUGUGAGACAGGGUUCCCAGCCCAUCAGGGAAAUCAGGGAAAAUUAUUUUACUCUUUUCAAGUCAGGGAAAAAUCAGGGAUUUUGAUUUUAAAAAAUACUUCAAAUCAGGGGAAAAUGCCUCAAAUGAAGGAAAAAAUCAGGGAAUUUUUUCGGCCCCAAAGCUGAAAGCACGGUAAUCAUUCAGACUCUGCUAUAUUUUGUUGCAUAUCAAAACAUCAUCCAUUGAAUGACUGGUUAUGGUGGUUUUAUGGGGUUUUUUUACACGUAAUUCACUGCAACAACUUAAAAAACAUUCAAAACUGGGACAGGGUUUUAAUAAUUAUCAGGGAAUUUUUAAACUUCAUCAGGGAAAAAUCACAGAAAUAUCAGAGAAUUACGCUGGGAACCCUGGAUGCAAGAUGCUAUCGUUAGGCAUGGUGUACGGUUAGCUCUUCAGUCCAACCUUGGAGCAGGUUGUGCAGAAUAUCUGGCUUGGGAAUGAGGAAUCAUGGGUAAUAUAAGUACUAUAUUUAUAUUGUGAUUGGAUUAUUAUGACCUAUUUGAAAUGAAAUAUUGAAAACCUUGACAAAGUGUGUACUACUAAUAUGAACUUUCAUAUACCCAGGUAUUCCUCCAGAAAGAUGCAAUUUUUGUUGUCUUUAUAAAACAUGUUGAUUUCAUUCAAAAUAAUGUCUCGACACUAUUUAGCUGCAAAGAACGCUGAUAUGAGAAUAAAAUCGGCAAAUCAAUAUUUUUAUGCAGUAGUAUGGUCACAUUGCAUCAUCUAAACAAUAGUUGAAAACAGAAAUAAAUUUGCAAAUAUUAGUCAUUGUUGGGCCAACAAGAAUUUCUUGUGGAUUUAAUUUAUGAAUAUUUUCAACCAAGUUAAAUCCUGCUCAAUCUCGGCUUCAGAGGGAAGACUAGUAAUUGGGUGCAUUGAUAACAGCUCCUUAAAUUUUCCCUUGUCUGUACAUUCAUAUGCAUGUAAAGGAGCUCUGAUAG